AUGUACGAUACACGCAGGCGGAAAGCCCUAUUUGAGAAGAUUAACAACCGCAGCUGGGAGGCCCUGAGGCUCGUCAUAAGAAAGUGGGUGGCUGCUGGUAGUGUUAUCGUAACCGAUGAGUGGAAGGGUUACACCCGCCUGCCGUCCGUAGGUUAUAAGCACUGCACUGUCAACCACCGUAGGGGCUUCCUGAAUCCCACAACGGGACGGCAUACGAACGCCAUAGAGGCCUACUGGAGCAGAUUAAAAGGAAACCCUAAUAGCAAGCGAGCUCGCCGCGAGCCGGUGUACUCGGGGGGGGAGGGGGGGUGGGGGGGUAGUGGGUCUUUAGCCUGCUGGCAGUUUGGAUUGGUUCCCGGGUCGGCUGCGCCGGCGUCGCGAAGGGCGCAAGCGGCCGCGCAUAGUUGCACUUGAUUAUCGAUUAGCUUCGGUGCCCGAUAGUCCUCUGGCUCUUGCCGGCGCCACUUUUUGCUCUCACGCUGCACAGCACACACCGUGUCUCGCUCUACGCUGACAUUGCCUACCCUAACUGUCUUUGUCUUUGUGUUCCCUUGUGUCUCCUUUUACUGACAGUUAUGUUUACUCCUGUUAGUAGGCGUAAAAUACGGCGUCAAGCCUACCUACUGGGGAUGCAGCCGUUACCUACUGGCGAUGGGAAAGCUGGCGAUUGAGGAGAGCCUACAAACGCCGAUUGUAUAAGCUAACCAACGAGCGGGCAGACGGAAGACUGGAAGGUAUGACUGUGUACUUCGUCCACUUACUCUCCAUGCCUACCUACAGUGCCUGUGGCUGUUACCGGCCGGUCAAAGAGGGAGCUGUCGAUUGAGGAGAGCCAACCAUCGACGAUUGGAGAAGCUAACCAACGAACGCGCAGACGGAAGACUGGAAGGUAAGACUCUGUACUUCGUCCACUUACUCUCCAUGCCUACCUGCAGUGCCUGUGGCUGUUACCGGCCGGUCAAAGAGGGAGCUGUCGAUUGAGGAGAGCCAACCAUCGACGAUUGGAGAAGCUAACCAACGAACGCGCAGACGGAAGACUGGAAGGUAUGACUGUGUACUUCGUCCACUUACUCUCCAUGCCUACCUACAGUGCCUGUGGCUGUUACCGGCCGGUCAAAGAGGGAGCGGUCGAAUGAGGAGAGCCAACCAUCGACGAUUGGAGAAGCUAACCAACGAACGCGCAGACGGAAGACUGGAAGGUAAGACUCUGUACUUCGUCCACUUACUCUCCAUGCCUACCUACAGUGCCUGUGGCCGUUACCGGCCGGGCAAAGAGGGAGCUGUCUAAUGAGGAGAGCCAAUCAUCGACGCAUACCCUUUUGUAG